AUGUAUGGUUUUUUUUCUGUCAAUAAUGCUAAACUAAAACCUGUGUCAACUAGAACUUUACUUUCUAAAUGUAAUAAUUUUGUUCCUCAAAACCAGCAGCAUGUGUGCAAUUACCAAAUUAAAACCUUUGGAAAUAAGUAUGUAAAACACUAUGAAAAGAUCAUACUUAUAGUUAUUGAUGCCUUAAGAGCUGACUUUAUUUCCUCCGUUUUACCUAAUUCAGAUUUUGAAAUGCUUUUACCAUUUACAGAAAGUCUAAUAAGACAGCAACUUGCAAUCCCAUUUGUGACAGAAGUAUUUUCACCUACAGUAACCAUGCCUCGAAUUAAAACAUUAGUUACAGGAACUGUAUCAAACUUCAUGGAUGUGUUUCUGAAUUUAAAUGCAACACAAAUGCUGGAUGACAAUAUUAUUUAUCAGACAGAUUUAAAGAACAUGAAAACAAUAUUUUUUGGGGAUGAGACGUGGCUUAAGCUUUUUCCCAAUUCUUUCUUACGAAGUGAAGGAACACAUUCUUUCUUUGUGUCAGAUUUUACUGAAGUUGAUAAUAACGUCACACGUAAUGUAAAUGCAGAGCUUCAAAAUACAGACUGGACUGUUAUGAUUCUGCAUUAUCUUGGAGUUGACCACAUUGGGCAUUCUUAUGGUCCACAUUCUCACUACUUACCAAAAAAGCUCAAAGAAAUGGAUGACAUCAUUCAGCAUAUUUAUCGUUUUAUUAAAAAUAGAUAUAAAAAGCAAUCUUUAAUAGUGAUAUGUGGUGAUCAUGGCAUGAGUUCCAGUGGCAGUCAUGGUGGAAUGUCGAGCAAUGAAAUAUUAACUCCUACCAUUUUUAUUAAUUCAAAAACUACAAUUUCCAUGGCUGGUGCUACAAAAGUUAUGAAACAAGUUGAUUUUGCUCCUACACUUAGUGUACUGCUUGGAAUACCCAUUCCUAUUAAUAGUUAUGGCAGUAUCAUGCCAGACGUUCUUCAGUUUAGUGGGUUAUCUGAAGAAGAGAUUUUAAACGCAGCCUUUUACAAUAUGAUGCAACUAUACGAAAUUCACAGGCACACAUUUCCAGAAAAGUCUGUACUACUUACUGAAAAAUUACAAAAAGUAAUAAUGAUUUUUGACGAUUGGUUCAGAAAUGUUGAAAUAAGUUCUGAAAGCUUAAAUGUUUCUUGCAAUGAUUCUUUACUGGCUGCUUUAGAUAUGAUUUCUGCAUUUCAACAAGAUUUACUUAGAAGUGGAAUGAACUAUAAUGAACCAAUUAUACUAUUAGGAAUGUGGUUAAUGUGGUUAUCUUUCUUGUGGUUAUUUUUUAGUUUAAGUACUGACAUUUUUGCAUAUGACGAGAACUUUACACUUCUCAAUAUGAAGAUCAUUUCCUUAAGUGUGAUAUGUGCAUGCCUGAUGAUACUUUUUAUUUUCACAUAUCACUUAAGUAUUUUUGUUGGUUUGGUUCUAUUUUCUCUAAGUUUCAUUAGCAUUAUAAUACUUUAUAAAUUAUUCCAGCUUCUGAAGCAUAUAAAUGCUGCUACAAAUUUUGAGCUCAGUGAUAAAAUGUACAUAUGUUUCGGUUUUCUUCAUUUAUUGAGCUUAUUUUCAUCUAGUUACAUUGAAGAAGAACAUCAAACUUGGUAUUUUUUGACUAGUACAAUGCUAACAUUUCACUUUUUGAAACAUUUUUUGUACAUUUUAAUCCUUGUAACUCACAGGAUCUUAAGAAAAUGGAAUCAAACAGGAAAUAAAUGGCAAACUUUAUCUGAUAUAUCAGACUGGAUAAGCAAAGAUGAAAAUAGAAGUUUUUGCUUAAUUUUGAUGUUGUUAGCACAAAUUACUGUAAUGUUUUAUUUAUGGAAAAAAUCAAGUACAUUUUUGAAAUGCAUGACUUUUUCUGGUUUAACAAGUGUAUUGGUUUAUAAAUGUCCUUUCUCUUUUCUAAUGGUAGAAAAAAAAUCAUUACUUAUUUCAUGGAUUAUUUACAUGCACUCUUUAAUUCUUCUUCUCAGUUUUUUGAUACAAAUACCUGAGUUAAGCUCUAACAAGAGCAAGCUAAAGUACUUUAAUGUCAUCUCUUCAUGGAUAUUAUUAAUAGAACUUAUCGGAAGAGCUUAUAAUAUACCAUUAAUAGCAACAACACUUGUGCAAGAACACUGUUUAAAUGAACUCACAUGGAAGAAAAGUCGGAAUAUUUUUUCCAAUACAGCUAUGUAUUUAAUAAUGACUAUGACUGCUUUUUUCUACAUUGGAAAUUCUAACAAUCUUUCCACAAUCGAUCUUUUUUCUGGUUACACUGGCUUGUCAUCAUACCAGCCAAUUAUUGUAGGUGUCUUACUAGUGUGUAACACAUACAGCACUGUAAUGCUGUGGUUGCUUCUAAUGAUGCACAGGAUGUUAAAUUUUCAUGCAUCAAAAUUUUCUAAUUCUAAUGAGGACACUUGUGUUCAUCUCAAAAGAAAUGUUGCAUUUUGUUUUAAUAUUUUGUUUGCCCAUAGACUAUUUAUACUGUCCGUAUAUUCAAUAGUAAUAUUCAUUAUGAAAUUUCAUCUUUUUAUAAUGUCAGUAUUUUUACCAAAAUUCAUUUAUGAGACAAGUCAUGUUCUUUUCUUUUUGUUGGUAAACCUUUUUGUAACAAUUUUUGUCUGCAAUUUUGAAUAUUUUUUUUUUUUUAAAUUAGGGAGCAUUUAUAGGUAAAUAAAAAUUUUUGACAGUUGCGGCUCAUUGGACUACAGGGCAUGAUGGACUGUUCUCAAUAGUUUAAUUGUUAUAAAUAUCUUUUAUUUUAAUUUAUGAUCAACAAAUAGCACUUAUAGUGCUUUAAAUCACAUGGUACAGUUCUGUUGAACAAAUUUUAUUCCUGUUUUUUCAACGCUGCAUAAUAUUCUUAAAUCUGCAACUUAAUUUUUUGUAAUGAUUUUCAUUAAGAAUACAGUAAUAAAUUUAACUCCUCUCCUAAAAUAAGGUCUUCUGGCUCAUAUACGUUUUUAAUGAUUUCAGGAUUCGUACGCUCCUUCAAAACUCCUCCAAUACUCCUUCAUUCAGGAAAUUUUUUUGAAGGGUGCUCCAAACUCCUUCAUUUUGGUUUUAACUGCUUCAAAACUCCUUCUUUUUCAGCUUCCUCUAUGACAGUAAUUUAAAAUACUUCGAUUGACACCUUAAUUUCGUCACAAGGGAGAAGGUAAAAAGGCAAUUUUAAUGUAGUAAUUUCGUGUAUUUUUUAUUUACAAAUUGAUUAUAGAAGUCAUAAAAGUUGAAGGUGAAAAUAGAAUUAGGUGACUAAGACAUUUCAUAAGUGAAGUAAAACAUGCUUUAAUUCUGCUUACCUAUUUUUUUAAGUUUUAUGACUUUUGCUUUUCCCUUCACCUCAGCAGCAAAAGUCAGUUUCUCUUGUUUUUUAAAAAUAUUUAAAAAUACAUAAAUAGAUUUGAAAAAACCAAUCACUUUGUAAAUCACAGUUUUGACUUUUUAAAAAGGGUCAUCUACAAGUGAUGUCAUGCCUUGAGGGGCAGACAAGUUCAUGAAAUUAUGACAGGAGACAGAGAGAGGGUUACAAAAAAUGAAAUCACGCAUUUAUUAUAACAAUAUAUUUAUGAAAAAUAUGACAUGUGACAUGGGGAGUAGUGAGGUGAAGUGUGAUACUUUGUGAAAGGGGAAGGGGGUCAAAUAUGUUGAAAAAAAGUGUGACUUCAUUAAAGACAGCCCAAAAGUACUCCUUCAAAAUCUCAUUUUACUCCUUCAAAACUCCUUCAUUUUCUUUGGGAAAUUGAGUACGAACCCUGGAGUUCAACAGUAGAAAGGCAGAUUGACAUGCACAGAUUCCCCCUACGCUUGCUUAACUUUUCCAGGGCCCGAUUAAGGCAGGGACACAUGGGGCACAGGCCUAGGCAUCAAAAGUUGGGGGCACCAAAUCUCUUGCUUUCAUUUUUAAAAAAUGAAGAUAUUUCAUAUUGUAUUAACAAAAUGCAAAUAUCAAAUCUUUAAAAAAAAAGUUUUUUUUUUUUCUUUUGAAAUUUCAAGUGAACACUAAAUAUUUUAUUAUCUCACUAUAUGGGACUAAAGAAAAGUUGGGGGAGGGAGGAGGAGGGCACCAAAUAAAGUUUGUGCUCACUCCUCAAAAAUCAUAGUCGGGGCUCUGGUUAUGUCUUAUCAUCCUUAAAGUAAACUGUUUCCAAAACUUGAAAAUUGUAUAUUCUGGUUGGUAAUAUGAUUUCUUAUAGGAGUGUUGCCUUUUACUUAAUUAAAAGCUACUUUUUCUAUGGAAAUAGUCUUCUUUCUCCCAUUUCAAAAAUACAUACAGUAAUUAAUAUCUCUUUUCAAAAAUAAAAAAUGUAAUUGUUUGAAUUUUUGAUUAUCUGAAUUGGGUCUCAAUUGAUUCAGAUGAUUAGAGUUCUGCUAUAGUUGAAAAUGAGGAAAAUGCUAUUUUUUAUUAAAAAUAAAAACUUAAUAAAAAUUUACUUUUUGAUCUCAAAAAUGAUAUUUUCUUGUCUCCUUAAUAUUUCUUUCCCACUUACACAAGCAUAAAUGUUUUCUAACAUUUAAACUUCACGCCUGUUUAUUUUUAACCUCUUACCCUAACUCUAUAUGAAAAAAACUAGACAGUUUUUGGUGCACUUUUGUAUUGAGUAUAACCCUUUGCCCUCCUCUUCUCCUGGAAAAAUUUAAAUGACAGGUCUCCAAGACUAAGGCAUAAUCUGCAGAUCGUCUCAAGAAUCUGGCUUACGUCACACAACAUCAUGCUGUUUCUGCUACCAGGUAUAUUUAUAUACCUAGGAUGUGACAUCACCUUUAACCACGACAGUGAUGUCCAAAACAAACUACAUAGUUUUCAACACUUAUGUGGAACCCUUACAAGAACCCUUAAGGGAAAAACGAGAAAGGAAACACAACUGAAGUUCUUAUAAGGUUAUGGCAGUGCCAACCUUACGAUACGGCUCUAACUUGGACUUUGAACAGUCAAGAAACUAAGUAGAAUUCAAGCAGCAGAGAUGAAGUAUUUGCGAUCACUGAAGAACUGCACUAUCCUAGACAAAAUAAGGAAUGAAUCUAUUCGAAGGGAAUUACAGAUAUUCAGCCUCAAUGAAAAAAUUACGGAGUAUCGUAACAAUUGGAAAAACUAUGUUCGACGUAUGGCACGAGGAAGACAGACUUCCUAGAGCUUCCUUUUAUUACAGACGAAGGGGCAAACGAGACUGUGGUAGGCCCAGGAAGUGGUGGGGCGACCAAGAAGCCGGAACAGGCUGUAUGCCUAAUCCUUGGAAGAAGAAGAAGGUAUAUUUAUAAAGAUUUUUGUAAAAGGACUCUAUAAAACUAUUAAAGAGAAUAUAAUUAACUAUUGUUAAAAAAAGCCAAUGCUAAAGGUGAACUAAAUGUAUUCUUAUAGAAAGCGGAUGACUUUUUCUAACUAAACAAUAUAUGAGGCAGUGAGAAGCAAAGGGAUGUAAGUGGCAAAAUUAAAAAUUUGGAGAUAACUGGUACAUAUGGUUGGUGAACCUCUCCUCCGUCUUGGGGCGAGAGAUAGUACUAGUAGCCCUGGUAAUUGCUGCUAUAUAGCAUGAUUUAGAAGAAAAAAAUGAAAGAAAGCCUAUCUAGGAAGUUAUCUUUAAACAUGUUUUACUCAAAACUUGAAAAUUUCCACUUUCAUCCCUUUGCUUCUCACUGCCUCAAUAUUAAAACAUCUGUAAUUCAAGUUCUAAUUACUUUUUUUACAAGAAAAAUAUAUUUUUUUUUCAUUUUGUAACCUGAAAUUUAUUUUCCACUCAGAUUUUAAAAAUUUUGAAGUUAAUCCAAAUAAAUUGUUUUCUGAACUA